UAGGAUCUCUCUCUUUCUCGAGCGGUCUAGCCUUAAAAUGCGCAUCGCUUCGCCCCGUAGCAGCAAAAUGUAGUAGUAUUCUCUUUUGGCGAUGGAGUAUAUCGUAUCUAUUACCGUGACAAAGUAAUGCUAGAACUAGUUUCCAUCUACACAGUGAGUGCUAUUUUCUGUUAUCAAUUCAAAAUCUCCCAUACAUACAAACACCACACAGUACACACAACACAGCCGUAAUAGCCUUCGAACCCCACACACCCCUUUUGAAUCGGAUUUCAGCGAAACCGAAUCACCAUAUACAACUUUUCACAAUAUCUCCAUUACAGUUAGGGUUUCACUACACACUUUGAGAUCAAUUUUUUCAAUUUUUGUUCUUUGUAGUUCGAUCAAAUAUAUAUAAAUAUAUACACACACACACACACACACACAUACGCACGCGCGAGAGCACAAACUCCAUCAUGAGAGCCAAAUUGGUGGUUUUCCCGAUCAGAGGAAGGAAUUGGUGCUUCAGCAGAUCCAUUGACCAAUCAGUAUCCGAGACAGCGUCUUCUCAAACUCCUUCAACAUUCAAAGACCUUUGGAAGACGAUCUCAUCCUCCUCCUCCAAUGCCAAGUCGCUCAACUCCAAUGCCGAACUCGUUGUUGAUUUCUUCUCCGAUAAGAUGAAUCGAGCUUGGUCUGGUUUCGAAAAAGCGCCUGCUGGAAGUUUCAAAAACAAGCUUCAUGGUUUCGGAGUGCGGCUUUUGGCUCGUGUUAAGCCUUCUGAGAUUUUCUUGAAAUCUAUCUCUAAGGAGGUUACAAAAGUUGAAGUUACCUACCCCGCAAGUUUAAAUGCACGACUUGUUCGCCGAAGGUUAAGGCAUAUUGCCUUAAGGGGAACUGUUAUUCACAAGAAAUACUUCUAUGGAUCAGUUACUUUGCUUCCACUAUCAAGUGCCUUCAUGGUUCUACCUUUGCCUAACAUCCCAUUUUUUUGGAUCCUAUUCCGCACUUACUCUCACUGGAGAGCUCUCCAGGGAAGCGAAAGAUUGCUUCAGCUGGUGUCAGAUUGCCCGGAGAAACAAAACUCGUCCGAUGUGAAAGCGAGCACAAGUAAAACUGCUCAUGAUAGCUCUGAAAAUGGAAUCCACAGUUCACUUGGUCCUCCAUGGGUGUUGCAACCGUCAAAGGAACUUGAGAAGCUUCUUCAUCACGGAGAUGCCGAUGAUGGUCUCAGCAAGUCUAUCAUGUCAGAUAUCUGCAAGACAUAUCAUUUGAACACUGCGGAUGUUAUAAAAUACAAGGAUUCAAUGUAAUUGAAGGUUAAAACUAAUUUAUUUGUUGGCAUCUUGGACAUGACAUUACCAGGUUUAAUUGAAUUGCCAUUUUAUUCUUUUGGCUGUUAUGCAUUUGCAGAAAGGGUUAGCAACACCAUGGUUGGAUUUUGGUUUAAA